GAGACGCAGCGCCACGACCCCACUGCGUUGCGAAACCCCUGCCUAGUGCUGAGAAACUUCCGCGCGGAGAGACACAGCGCGAAGAGACGCAUGUAGUCCGUCCCACAGAUAGCGGAUUAAAUUCACGCUUUUCUUUUCUUUUUUUCUUCUUCCUCCUCCUCUUCGUGCUGGUUUCGUGUUACAAAGCCUUGGGAGGGAGUUGCGCGGAGAGCCAGUCCCUGUGUGUAGUAAGUGAAUGACAUGAUCAUAUGGCUCGCAUCGCCUCGUAGUCUGAAAAUACGUAAAGGAAGACACGAGGAGAGAAAGCUUGGACUAGUUUGUUUUGAGACGCGCUGAUGACGAUGUGGAAUUAUAUCUGAGUCUAUUUCUCAAACAAAAGCCCAGAUAGGGGAGCGAGAAGAGGAAGGAUAGUGGAUCUUUCACGAAAGAGAGAGAAAAGGAGACGGAGAGACGCGCAGGACGCAUUGGCUUCAAUCACCAACAUCAUCUGCGUGAUAACAAGACCCUCACAAUUGGCCAUCUGCUACCCACUCACCCCAACUGGCCCAUGUGACCAGCAAUCGAUGAGCGACAGAGGUGUCCGCGGAGUUACAAAGCUCAAUGUGACCUUCAUCUGAGUCAAGUGUCUGCGCUCUACAUUCACCACUGACAUCAACAAAGAAAAAAAGGAAAAUCUAAAAGAGAGAUUAAGAAGAAAUCACAGAGCGGAGGGAGGAAGGAAGACGAGAAAACAAGCUGCCAGGAGCUGCAGUCAGUGGGAUCAUCUGAUUGGUCUCUCCAUCCAUCAGUCAAGGUCACUUCCAGCCAACGGGAGGCGACAUGAGGGCAGUGGGCGGGACGAAGGUCUUGCUCCUGGUGGUUCUGGUCGGGUGGGAGAAGGCGUGGAGUCUGAACUGGAACCCAAUCCCUCGGAAGACUGUGCGCUACCAGGAUGUUUUGGACAGCAUGGCACGCUUCACCGUCCCGGGCGUUUUCAACUACAGCAUGCUCACCCUGUCUGACCACGAGAGGGUCCUGUACGUGGGGGCGAGAGAGACCCUCUUCGCCCUGGACCCCAAUGACAUCAGCAAACAGUUACGACCACAGAUCGACUGGCCGGCCCCACAAGAUAAGAAGAGGGAGUGCGUGGCCAAGGGGAAGAACAACCAGACCGAGUGCUUCAACUACAUCCGCUUCUUACAGAGCUACAACCACACGCACCUGUACACCUGCGGCACCUACGCCUUCCAGCCCAAGUGCACCUACGUGAACGCAGACUACUUCACUCUCAACACUGCUGCUUUAGAGGACGGGAAGGGCAAGUGUCCAUAUGACCCUGCUAAAGGACACACUGGCCUCAUAGUGGAUAAGGAGCUGUACUCUGCAACCCUCAACAACUUCCUUGGAACAGAGCCAGUCAUUCUGAGAAAUCUUGGCCAGCAGCAUUACAGCAUGAAGAGUGAAUACCUGCCUGCCUGGCUAAACGAGCCAGACUUCGUGGGCUCGGCGCUGGUCAGAGAAGGCCUGGGCAGUAAAGAUGGAGACGAUGACAAGAUUUACUUCUUCUUCAGUGAACGCGCUCUGGAGCUGGACUGUGACACAGAGCUCACAGUGGCCCGUGUCGCUCGAGUCUGCAAGGGGGACUUGGGUGGAACCAGGACUCUGCAGAAGAAGUGGACCACGUUUCAGAAAGCCCGUCUGGAAUGCUCUCUGCCUGAACGCCACGUGUCCUUCAACAAUCUCCGCGCAGUCUUCACUUUACCGGGACAGGACUGGAGAGGGACCGCUUUCUACGGCAUCUUCCAUGCACAAUGGGGUGAUGUGGAUGUGUCCGCCGUGUGCCAGUAUCAGAUUAAUGAUGUGAAGAAGGUUUUCGAAGGGUCUUAUAAGGAAUACAGGGAGGCGUCGCAGAGGUGGGGGCGCUACACUGGUGCUGUACCCAACCCACGUCCUGGAUCGUGUAUCACAAACUCAGACCGGGAGAAUGGCUUCAACAGUUCACUGCAGCUGCCAGACGCUACGCUCAACUUUGCCAAGAAGCACCCACUUAUGGAGGAUAAGGCUCUAGCACGCCCCCUACUGCUCACAAAGGGAGUUAACUUCACCAAACUGGCAGUGGACCGGGUCAAUGCUCUGGACCAGCGGGCGUACAAUAUGCUCUUCAUUGGAACAGCGGAAGGUUGGCUACAGCGUGUGGUGGUCUUAAACUCAGAGGCUCACGUCAUUGAGGAGAUCCAACUUUUUGACACACCUCAGCCUGUGGACACUCUCACCAUCUCCCAUUCAAAGAAGUAUUUGUACAUUGGAUCGCGUUCAGAGGUGCUCCAGCUGCCCUUGGCUAACUGCAGUCGUUAUCAGUCUCAGCCCGACUGCCUGCUGGCCCGGGACCCCUACUGUGCAUGGGACAGUGAGGGGCGCGCCUGUGUCCGCAUCGACCUCCACAGAGGAUCCACCUCUUCGCUGUCCCAGGACCUCAUGCUGGAGAGGUUUAGCCGAGGGAAAGCCAAGUUCGAUAAGCCUGUGUCUAUCCCCAGUCCUGAGCAUGCUCGUCUCCGAAACGUGACAGUGGUGGUGGGCUCAGACAUGGUCCUGCCCUGUCAGCUGGUGUCUAAUCUGGCUCAGCCCUGUUGGCUCUUCAAUGACCGCGAGCUGCUGCUGGGCUCUCCAGAAGUGGCGGGAGCACGCUUUGACCGCACCCUCAAGGCCCUGGUGAUCCCUGACGCAGGACAGGCGCAGGCGGGCAGAUACGUGUGCUUCUCCGAGGAGCAGGGCGUCAAGUUUCAGACGGAGCGGUACCAGGUGGCAGUAGUGGCCAGUGCCCCUGUGUUCAUGGAAGCACGCGCUCCCGACAGCAGCAUGGGACUCUUCUGGGUCCUGGUCAUCACUCUGGGAGCAGCCUGUUUGCUUCUGUUAGUAGCAGCUCUGUACCUGCGCAGGAGGCUAAAGCUAGCACUAGGAAAAGGAGCAGAUAUGAAACCUUUAGAGAGCACUCUGGUGUAUCCCAUCACUCUCCCCAAAGAACCACCCACUUUUGUGCCCAGUAAGAUGCCCAGUGACGAGGACCGCUUCUGGGAGACAGGCGCUAACUACUACUACUCUGAUGGCUCUUUGAAGAUCGUCCCCGGUCAUGCCCUCGGGCCCAGCAGUGUGAGCAGCGCACCGCCCCCCAGUGCCAUCCCCGGGCAGCCCAUCCACUCCCCGAGCAGACUCAGCCUCACCAACAUCAGGGGCUCCGGCAGCAACGGCUACAUCCGUCUGAACCUGAGCUCUGCGGGGGAGGAGCGGGCUAGCGGGCCUGGCGCUGGCGGUGGCGGCCUGGCGGGCCUGGGGGGUAUGACCGGGAAUGAUUACUCGAGCCCCUUUAAAGAGGAGCUGAGGCGCACACUGCAGCAGAGGAGUGUGCUGCCAGACGCUAACCCAGAGGAGUCGUCCGUGUAGGCCUGUCCUCCUCCGGCUUCAGUGUUUGUGUAGAAAGAAAAACAACCAAACUACCUCCCUCUGCUCUGAGGACGCCUGCUCUCUCUCUCCUCAGUCAUGCUCACUCUCGCUCUGCCAAUGCCUGUUGGACUCCUAUAGCACACAGCAUGUUUCUUAUAGACUCAUACAUUGUGUUUGCAAACAUGCACUAGAAUUAUUGUGUUACUGGGAACCAUGCAGACUGCUGCUUCCACUGUGUACAUUUGUAUUUAAACUGAACGAGAGGAGAACACCUCAAGCAUGGAAAUCAAACAAAGGCGUCACUUGUUUUUGAAGGGCACAUGACUUUUGGACCAACAAAAACUUUUCAUGCUGAAGAAAAUGGCAGAAACAUGCAGCUGAUUGGCUGUCCUUGUGUUGGUGGGGGCUUUUACGGCUUACUGCACUUAAAACUGGAAGCGCAUUUUUUCCUGUUUUGAAUUUGCGAGUCAAGAGUGAGAGCGGAAUAAAGAGGACUAAUUAAACUCGAAGCAAGACGACAAUCAUGUCCCUGUAGCUCUGUGCAGGACAGAGACGAGGCAAAGGGAGACAAAGAGAGAGGAAAUUGAAUGGAAAAUGAAGUGAAUAGAUGUAAAAGACACAAGAGACCACUGAAUGAAGGACAAUCUCUCAAGACUUUCUGCUCAAUUUGUAAUUUGUUCUCACGAUGUUGUACGCACCCCAGAGAAAGCUCGCCAUCUCUUCAACUUUUUCCUUUGUUGCGAUGGCUGCUUUGAAUUAAGACAUUUCUGGUUGUUAUUUUUCUAUGUCUCACGGACUACACCAGUGUUCAAACUCUUACUAUUAUAGACUGAUGGCUCACCUCUGUGAAUGACAAUGAACUUGGGCCCACAGAGCGACUUUUACUUGCACCUUGUUGUCCGAUACGAAUGCACUUCAAACACCACAGGUUUGAUUGAGCGCAUCAUGGAUACGCGCUUUUAGCUGAGCCCUUUUGGACAUUCUUGUUUGAAAUGUUAUUUUUUGCAUUCAGCAGAUCUAUAAACUGCUCACUUAAAUCCAAAUUACAUGAAGACGUUGUGGGGAUGGAGAAUGUAGUUCCGACUGCUGUGGAUGUCUCAAUAAGUGCUUUUAAGACUUGUACAUUUGUAAGUGAAGAUGGGAAUAUGCACUGCCAAGAUGGACACUCGUUCACACACACACAUGGCCCUAUGAAUGAAAACUAUUCUGGAUUAUAUUGUUUUGACCGAGGCCCAUAGGCAGACCUGGAUACUGUGGACAAAUACAGAGGAAGAGCACUGUAAAAAUUAUGGAUGAAGAUUGGUUAGACUGGUCCCUGCUGUAAUGAAGGAAUAAUGGACUGCUGGCUUCAGAAGGGGACAGCCGCUGAGCAGAAGUAAAGGGGUUUGGCUUUUUGGGACCAGCGGAAGAAGGGAUGAACCGGAGAGGACACAAUACCCCUCCCCAUGUGUACAGAGCACCACCGGGAUGUAGAAAGUGAAGAUAAUGAAGGUUGAAUGAAGAGGAAUUUGGCCAACAGCGGCGCCACCUAGUGUUGCAUGAUCUUCUGCAAGUUCAUCUUUGAUAUGAUCACCUUUGUAGACAUUGUGCAUCAUUUUGACCCAUCAUUUUUGGACUUUUACAAGCGCUAAAAUGGUGAAAUGUAAGGCUCUCUUCUAUGACAAAAAAAAAAAACAACAACAAAAAAACAAACAAAAAAAAUUGAAAUUUUGAUUCAAAAGUUGUACAGGACUUCACGGCAGACUUUCAACUUGUUUACUUUAUCUGUGCCUCUUCAUCUUUUGGAUAAGCCAAAGUAGACUGCAGUUGCUUUUCCUAUUGUUAUACAACUUAAGAUAUUUAGUUUCAAGAUUAAUAUUUCAGUCUUAAGUCCGUCCUUUUGCAACGUUAAUCAGGCAAACCUUCAUGACUACUUGGCCACCCAAAUAUUGAGAGUAAACAUUUUGCCACUGUUUUGAAUGUGCCCAAAUUGUCUAGUUGUCAAAAAUUGCCAAACUGCACUCUUAUUUACAAUAAAAUAUCUUAGCUUGUUUUCUUAAUUUAUUUCUAUUAUACGAGAAGAUGAUCAGUCAGUCAGUGGUCAAGAUGCUGUGUCUGAUUGAUGUGAGCAGUUUUUCCUUUUGCUAAAACUGGUCUCAUAGAACACGUAAAUGAGACUGUUUGACUAAUACUUCCUGUUUUCUUUUACUAAAUGAGUUAUUUAUACAAAGAUGCAAACAUUACCAAAACCAUGAAAUUUUAGAUUAGCAGUCCUACCAUUGUUAUCUAUAUUAGGUAAAAAGAAACAGCUCUAUAGAAUGUGUCCUCUCCUCUAUUCUCUCUCCUUAAGCAGGUAGUUUUAGCUAAAUUUUAUUUACACUGGUACUGUUCGUUUUAGAGAUAGAAUAUUUCUUUCAUUUAAUAUCAUCAAUAUGUUGCAAAAAAGUUUAAAAAGACAACAGGUGACAUGCUUGAAGAAAUACAUUUGUGAUGUAAAACACUCCAUUCCUUUGCAUCUUACAAACCAUUUGCUCACACUGUAACGUAGCUUUUCAGUUUCUUGAGUCAUGACUAGUAUUAUAUUAUCCCUAUUUUAUUUUGCCUGAGUUUUGCUUGUUAUUGAUUUUUUGUUUUUAAAGUAACUUAUUUCACUUGUACAAACAUGUUGAU